AUGGAGGGUUUCGGCAGACGCAAAAGCUAUGAUGUAAGCAAGGAUAUCACGAUAUACACCAAACAAGCAUUUCAAAAAUACUCACAAACUGUUUUGCACAUUAGGUCACUCUUCCUCAUUGAGCAGCUUCGUCGCGACGGUAAGCUUCCCGCUCCUGGAGAGCUUGCGACAUCUCUUACGGAAUCUGAAGCUAUCCUACAUCUUCCCUGUGGUACACCGAUACCGCAAUUGGCAUUUGGAUUGUACAAGGUCCCGGAUACUAAGGAAGGCGAAGAGGCCAUCGUACAGGCGAUAGAGGCGGGUUAUCGCCAUUUUGAUGGAGCAUCCUUCUACAAAAACGAAGCGACGUUCGGUCGAGCUCUUAGAAGCAGCGGCAUAGCAAGAACAGAAUUCUUCAUCACUGGCAAAGUAUGGAACGAUGCGGUCAAAAGCGGUCGACACGCGGUCCGUGAAAGCGUCGAGACUAGUCUAGUUGACAUAGGAUGCGAUUAUUUCGAUCUCUUCCUUGUCCACUGGCCGGUCCCCGGGCAUUUUUGUGAGGCCUAUCAUGAAUUAGAGGUCCUUCAUAAAGAGGGAAAAAUCAAAAGCCUUGGAAUUUCGAACUUUAAUGAAAAAGAAUAUGAAGAAUUAGUUCGAACCGGCAUUAGUGUCCUUCCGGUGUGCAAUCAGAUGGAGAUUUCACCGGUAAUGUACAGAAAAGAAAUGGUGAGCUUUUUCCAGCAGCGCAAUAUACUUGUUGCGGCGUACAAGCCUCUCCAGCGGGCAGCAGCAUUCGACCGACCAGUCAUUUUAGAGAUUGCCAAAAAACACAGGGUAACACCUGGGCAAGUAAUGUUGAGAUGGGGCCUCCAAAAGAGGUUGAUUGUUGCAUCAAAGACCAUGCACCCUGAUCGUAUGCGUGAAAAUCGCGAUGUACUGGAUUUUGGACUAACUUCUGACGACAUGAUGCGGCUCGAUGCUUUGACCACGGAUCGAGACCUUCAAGAAAGAGAAAAAAAUGACAUAAAGGAGAAAGCAAGUCUUUGA